UCAGCUUUAAAUAUUGUCAGCAGGGACAGUUUGAGCGAACCACAAACCUCCAACACAUCAUCAAGGAGUUUGCUAUUGAAGAACAAAGCCGAGGUGUUAUUUUGAAGAUGAGAUUCAGCCUGGGGGUAGCCGCUCUUCUCUGCUUCACCACAUGGAUGAGCGUAGUCCAUGCAACCCAUGGGCCGGUGUCAAUCUGUUGUAUGCAGUGGUCCAACACCCAAGUCCCACUUAAGCGAAUUGUGGAUUACACCAUUCAGUCUGAAGGCGUCUGUCCAAUCGCAGCUGUAAUGUUUCAGACAAAGCUUGGAAAAAGAAUUUGCUCAGACCCUAACAGUGACUGGGCCAAAGAAGCGAUUCGGAAGGUGGACGAGGAAAAAAAAAAAAAAACAUUGCUAGAGAAGAGACUGAAUGAAGACAGAUCAACAAGCGACAUGACACCAGCAGCGUCCACCACAUCAAAAAACGGACCACAGAAGAAAACCAGGAAUGGAAGGAGACGGCAGAGGAACAAUUCCAGGAGAGGGAGGAAGGAACAGAGAAAUUGUGUCUGAGGAAUCACAAGACAAAUCAAAGUUUCCACAGUCAGCAAACAUUACUCUUUCCAAUUGGACUUUUCCUGCUAUAUCACAUCAACAGUUAAAACAAAAACAGACUUUUAUAUAUUAUUUUAUUGUUGAUUAAAUAUGAAAAAUAUCCCUUUAAUAUAUGUUAACCAUAGCUUGUUGUCAUAAAUAUGUGUACAUGUUCCAGUCAGGUGCCAAUAAAGUCUUUUUGAGCAAA